UGGACCAUCACAAUCACAGCUUGACAUACAAUUCGGGAGUUACUAGACAGUCAGAUAGUUAUGAUUGGCUUGAAAGACUGAUUUGCAGGUUACCUAGCACUUGAAUAGAAAACAAAAACAGAUUUCAAGUCAAACUUAGCCGUCUUCCCCGUCAAUUUCUUUCAAGCUUCGGUCGUGGUUUAUUUCCUCCAUCUGCCAUCUGAAUUACUGUAUUUUAUUCUCUCAUCUCCGCCGAUACACUAGGCAAACCAAACAACCCGACUCGGAGACGGUGAUUGGAGCGGAAAGACCCUAGGGGAAAAUUUACCCAGACGUCACCUACGGUCAGCAGGGAACAUCCGCCGUCCCCCAGCCCAGCCCAGCCCAGCCCCGUCCUCCCGUCCUCCCGUAUGUAGCAGUGCAGGUGCAGCAGCGGAAGAAGUAGCUGUAAAUUGAUUCAAUCUUUCAAUCUUCACUCGACUCUUGACUCUUGACUAUUGUCCUCUCCGACUCCCAAUUUCCGCUCCUCAGCCCUCAUCCCACGGUCGCAUCACGUCACACCAUAUCAUCACAUCCAACCAUUCCACUACUUACCGUCCGUCCACCUACUCUAAGGUCCUAAAAUACUGGGCUUUUUGGAUGUCAUAAGGGCGACGGCCUAGCAGUCAACAUGUCUUACGGUCAAUACCAAAACAACCAAUACCAGGAUGGUUCUCUAGCUGAACAAGGCUACCAGGAGCACGAACUACAGAACUAUCCAGAGCAGCAACAAAUCUCAGACACUCUGCCACAGCAGGAUUUCCUCAACCGGAUUCAAUUCCUUCGUAAUGAAAUCCGCACCCUUACGAGCAAUGUCCAAACAAUUGCGUCCCUGCACCAGCGUGCGCUGGCUGAAGGCGACGGCGGUGCAGCAUCGCAGCAACUUGAACGUGUUGUCGCCGACACGCAGACCUUAAACACCGGCAUUCGAGAUCAACUAAAAUUCUUAGCCAACGAUGCAUACAAAUCUCCGCCUAACAGUACCACGCGCGAUAUGAAGGACCGGCAGGUUGCCACCAUCAAAGCCGAGUUUGAGCGCGAAUUAAGCAACUACCAGAAAGAAGAGAGCGUUUACAGUCAACGGUACCGCGAACAGAUUGCUCGUCAGUACCGCAUUGUCAAUCCCGAGGCUACCGAGGAAGAAGUUCGCAAUGCGGCUGAUGCCGAUUGGGGCAAUGAAGGUGUCUUCCAGACAGCGCUCCGCACCAACCGUGCCGGUCAAGCGUCGUCAGUUCUCGGCGCAGUGCGCGCACGCCACAAUGAGCUCCAGCGCAUUGAGCGGACCCUUAUCGAACUCGCAAAUAUGUUCCAAGAUCUUGCCAUCUUAGUGGAGAUACAAGAUCAUGCGGUAAACGAAGCAGUCAACAAUGCCGAGAACACGACUAAAUACAUCGACGAGGGCAAUACUCAUGUGAAGAAAGGAAUCGACCACGCCCGAAACCGCAGAAAGCUAAAGUGGUGGUGUCUCAUCGUCGUAAUCAUCAUCAUCGCCAUCGCCCUUGGUGUCGGUCUAGGUGUGGCUGCUAACGCUGGACUACUCGGCGGCAAUAAAAACAACAACAAUAAUAAUAAUAAUAACAACGGCAACUAAAUUGCCAUCGGGGGUUACUUCAGAGUGGAUGAACGAUAACGAAACGACCUUUUCAAGUCCCGGGAGACCAGAUGACCGGGGUAAAAAUAUCAGGUCGCACGGAGAUGCCAGAUCUUGGUACAACUUAUAUUAAUUCCCAACUUUUCCAUCCGAUAUCUAGAACGUCGGCAGCCCUUCCGGUCCACGGUUGGCAUGGGGGAGGGUGGAAUCCUUAAUGCAUUGUUUCUCAUGUAUACAUGGCUUUUAUGCGAAUUGUUCACCGCUCGGGGCGGCUUGUCUGUCUACAUAUUGGAUCUUUUCUCGGGCUCGGGGUCCAGCCUGAGACGGGCUGAUGGUUGUACAUAGGUAGAUGUGUAGGCCCGUAUGCUUAUCAUUAUUAUUAUUACCUUUUUUCAUAUUCAGACGAUUCCGAAUCUACCUAGGUACCUAGGCAUUGGAAUUGCUCGUGCUUUCAAUUACUUUAAUCUGUACAUAUUGUGAAAAAAUCACGUCCGCAAAUGUCGACCCGGGUUUAUGUAUCUUCACAUGCAAGUAUAUGCAAUCGCUCAAUUUUAUAAUCAGC